AUGACAACAGGGCGAAUAUAUCAUACCGCAACGCUGCUCAGUUCUGGCAAAGUUCUUGUGGCUGGUGGGUCUGACCCGUCGAACAAUCCUACUGCUAGUUCUGAAUUAUAUGAUCCAUCAACGGGGCAGUGGAACUCAACUGGAAACAUGACAACAGUGCGGCGAUUUCAUACUGCAACGCUGCUCAGUUCUGGCAAAGUUCUUGUGGCUGGUGGUAGUGGCUUGUCGUCCAACUCUUUUGCUAGUUCCGAAUUAUAUGAUCCAUCAACGGGGCAGUGGAACUCUACUGGAAACUUGGCAACAGCGCGGCAAUCUCAUACUGCAACGCUGCUCAGUUCUGGCAAAGUUCUUGUGGCUGGUGGUGGUAGCACGUCGUCCAACUCUAUUGCUAGUUCCGAAUUAUAUGAUCCAUCAACGGGGCAGUGGAACUCUACUGGAAACAUGGCAACAGCGCGGAACUCGCAUAUUGCAACACCGCUCAGUUCUGGCAAAGUUCUUGUGGCCGGUGGGUCUGACACUUCCCAACAAUCUAUUGCUAGUUCCGAAUUAUAUGAUCCAUCAACGGGGCAGUGGAACUCUACUGGAAACAUGGCAACAGCGCGGAAAUCGCAUAUUGCAACGCUGCUCAGUUCUGGCAAAGUUCUUGUGGCCGCUGGGUCUGACACUUCCCAACAAUCUAUUGCUAGUUCCGAAUUAUAUGAUCCAUCUACGGGGCAGUGGAACUCUACUGGAAACAUGACAACAGCGCGGAAAUCGCAUAUUGCAACGCCGCUCAGUUCUGGCAAAGUUCUUGUGGCUGGUGGCUCUGACACGUCGGGCAAUCCUACUGCUAGUUCUGAAUUAUAUGAUCCAUCAACGGGGCAGUGGAACUCUACUGGAAACAUGGCAACAGCGCGGCGAUUUCAUACUGCAACGCUGCUCAGUUCUGGCAAAGUUCUUGUGGCUGGUGGCUCUGACACGUCGACCAACUCUAUUGCUAGUUCUGAAUUAUAUGAUCCAUCAACGGGGCAGUGGAACUCUACUGGAAACAUGACAACAGCGCGGCAAUCUCAUACUGCAGCGCUGCUCAGUUCUGGCAAAGUUCUUGUGGCUGGUGGUACUGACACGUCGUUCAGUCGUGUUGCUAGUUCUGAAUUAUAUACUCUGUGA